AAAUGAAGAUCAGUUACAUAUAUUUAUUUCAAUCCAGCGUCCUGUUGUUUGGGUUAAGCAGUAAUCACAUAGCAGAAUCGGAUGCCGAGGUUUGUGAUGUACGCUAUUUUUGCACAAUUAUGUCUUGGCAUCCAUGGAGUAGCUGUGAGCAAAACUGCAGCAGACCAGCAUCACAGCUCAGGAGACGUUUUCUGUGUUUCGAUGACUUAGCUGUUUCUAACCCAAAAAGAGAGAAGGUUUUAAGAUAUUGUAAUAUAUCGAACCAAAUACCAAUGAUGGAAAAGCGAACUUGUGAGCAAGUUAAUUGCUUAAAAGAGAAAGUGAAUACAUCAAUCGCACGUGAAAACUGCAGUUCUUUAAAUGACAGUCUGGAAUUGCCAGUUUGGAUCCAGAGAAUUGAAUUCAUCGUUUUGGCAGUGGUAUCGGCGAUAUUUCUGAUGACUAUAGUAUGUGUAUGUCGAAAGUGUUGUCUGUUCUGGGGGUGUAUCACUGACGAUGAUGAUGAUGACAUUGAUAGAAAGUAGAGAGCAAAAGUUAAAGUUUCGGCAAUUUAAAAAAUUAAAUUCUUUUAUGGAAAUUACUUGUGCUAAUGUUUAGAACACAUAUUUGUUGUGUUGUUAUUCAAACAAUAAAUUAUCAAUA